AUGUCAGAAGAACCAACCCCAGUUUCAGGUAAUGACAAACAACUCUUGAACAAAGCUUGGGAAAUUACCCAAAAAAAAACUUUCACAGCAUGGUGUAAUUCACAUUUACGUAAACUUGGAUCAUCAAUUGAACAAAUUGAUACAGAUUUUACUGAUGGUAUUAAAUUAGCUCAAUUAUUAGAAGUUAUUUCAAAUGAUCCAGUAUUUAAAGUAAACAAAACACCAAAAUUAAGAAUUCAUAAUAUCCAAAAUGUUGGUCUCUGUUUAAAACAUAUUGAAUCACAUGGUGUUAAAUUGGUUGGUAUUGGUGCUGAAGAGUUAGUUGAUAAAAACUUAAAGAUGACUUUGGGUAUGAUUUGGACAAUCAUUCUUCGUUUUGCCAUUCAAGAUAUUUCAAUUGAAGAAUUGAGUGCCAAAGAAGCCCUUUUACUUUGGUGUCAAAGAAAGACCGAAGGUUAUGACCGUGUUAAAGUUGGUAAUUUCCAUACCUCAUUCCAAGAUGGUCUUGCCUUUUGUGCUCUCAUCCAUAAACAUAGACCAGAUUUAAUCAACUUUGACUCUUUAAACAAAGAUGAUAAAGCUGGUAACUUACAAUUGGCUUUUGAUAUUGCCGAAAAAGAAUUGGAUAUCCCAAAGAUGUUGGAUGUUUCCGAUAUGCUCGAUGUCGUUCGUCCAGAUGAAAGAUCAGUCAUGACCUACGUCGCUCAAUACUACCAUCACUUUUCUGCCUCUAGAAAAGCUGAAACCGCCGGUAAACAAGUUGGUAAAGUUUUAGAUACCUUUAUGUUGUUAGAACAAACCAAAUCUGAUUAUCUUAAAAGAGCCAAUGAACUCGUUCAAUGGAUUAACGAUAAACAAGCAUCACUUGAAUCACGUGAUUUUGGUGAUUCCAUCGAAUCUGUUCAAAGUUUCAUGAACGCUCAUAAAGAAUAUAAAAAAACCGAAAAACCACCAAAGGGUCAAGAAGUCUCUGAAUUGGAAGCUAUCUACAAUUCAUUACAAACUAAAUUACGUUUAAUUAAACGUGAACCAUUUGUUGCACCAGCUGGUCUCACUCCAAAUGAAAUCGAUUCCACUUGGUCCGCUUUAGAGAAAGCUGAACAAGAACAUGCUGAAGCCCUCCGUAUUGAACUCAAACGUCAAAAGAAAAUUGCAGUUCUCUUACAAAAAUACAAUCGUAUUCUCAAGAAACUCGAAAACUGGGCCACCACCAAAUCUGUCUACCUCGGUUCCAAUGAAACCGGUGACAGUAUCACUGCUGUUCAAGCUAAAUUAAAGAAUUUAGAAGCUUUUGAUGGUGAAUGUCAAUCAUUGGAAGGUCAAUCAAACUCUGAUCUCCUCAGCAUUCUUGCUCAAUUAACUGAACUCAACUACAAUGGUGUACCAGAACUCACUGAACGUAAAGAUACAUUCUUUGCUCAACAAUGGACUGGUGUUAAAUCAUCUGCUGAAACCUACAAAAACACUCUUUUAGCUGAACUUGAAAGACUCCAAAAGAUUGAAGACUCAUUGGUCGAAUUCGCCAAGAGAGCCGCUCAAUUAAAUGUUUGGAUUGAAGCUGCCGAUGAUCAUGUAUUUGAUCCAAUCAAUGUUGACUCUGUUCAAGGUGUCCAAGAAAUUCAAGAGAAAUUCGACGCUUUCCUCCACGAUCAAUCACAACAAUUCGCUGAAUUGGAAGCCCUCGCUGCUUUAACUCAACAACUCCGUGAACUCGGUCGUUCUGAAAACGAUUAUUCAGUCAUUUCAUACGAUGAACUCUCUGCCAAAUGGAAUAAUUUAUUGGCUGGUAUUGAAGAACGUAAAGUUCAACUCGCCAAUGAACUCACCACUCAAACCAACAACGAUGUUCUUUGCCAAUCAUUCUCUGUUAAAGCAAAUGAAAUUUCAGAUUAUGUCCGUGUUACUUUAGAUGCCAUCUCACAAAACACUUCAUCAGAUCCACAAGAACAAUUAAACAAUAUCCGUGCUAUCAUCACCGCUCAUGCUGAAAAGAAACCAGAACUCGAUGAAUUAUACACCAUUGCUUCUCAACUCGAAGAAGCUCAAGUUGUCGAUAACAAACAUACUCAACACAGUUUAGAAUCAAUUAAAUUAAAAUGGGAUAAACUCAAUACACUCGCUAAAAAGAAUGAACAAGUUGUUGAAGGUGAAAUUCUUGCUAAACAAUUAACUGGUGUUACUGCUGAAGAAUUAAGUGAAUUUAAAGCCUGCUUCUCACAUUUCGAUAAGGACAACGAUAACAAAUUAAAUCGUCUUGAAUUCUCCUCUUGCUUGAAGAGUAUCGGAGAUGAAUUAACUGAAGAACAAUUAAAUCAAGUCAUCAGUAAAAUCGAUACCGAUGGUAAUGGUACCAUUUCAUUCGAAGAAUUUAUUGAUUACAUGGUUUCAUCACGUAAAGGUACAGACAGCGUUGAAUCAACUAAAGCUGCAUUCAAAGUUAUGGCUGAGGAUAAAGAUUUCAUUACUGAAGCUCAAAUUCGUGCUGCUAUCUCUGAUUCUAAACAAAUUGAUUAUUUACUCGCCAGUAUGCCAGCUGUUGAAGGUGGUUUUGACUACAAUUCAUUUGCUGAAAAAUUAUACCAAUAA